GGGUCCGGGGAGACCAGAUAUAGUGAAUGCAGGGUUCCCGGGAGACCGGAUAUAGUGAAUGCAGGGUCCGGGGAGAGCGGAUAUAGUGAAUGCAGGGGUCCGGGGAGAGCGGAUAUAGUGAAUGCAGGGUCCGGGGAGAGCGGAUAUAGUGAAUGCAGGGUCCGGGGAGAGCGGAUAUAGUGAAUGCAGGGUCCGGGGAGAGCGGAUAUAGUGAAUGCAGGGUCCGGGGAGAGCGGAUAUAGUGAAUGCAGGGUCCGGAGAGACCAGAUAUGGUGAAUGCGGGGUCCGGGGAGACCAGAUAU